AUUGUUAACGGAGUUAGAGUUUAUUUGCUUUAUUUUUAGUUUAGAGGUUUAAAUUCUAUUUUAAGGUAAGAUUAGGGGUUUAAGAAGGGUUUCUGUCAUUUUUAGGAGACAAAAAUCCAACAUUUUCUGGAACGCCCAAAUCUUGAUUUCAGGAACUCCCAUCCCACCUCUUUAGCUCAGAAGGCAGUUUGAGAGAAAUGGAUGGUGAAAAGAAAAAUGUACCAGGUAUUUCCAAGGGGUUGCUACAGAGUGAAGAACUGUAUCAAUAUAUACUGGAGACAAGUGUGUAUCCCCGCGAACCCGAGCCUUUGAAAGAGCUUAGAGAUGUCACUGCUAGGCAUCCAAGGGCUAGAUGGGCUACUGCUCCUGAUGCAGGUCAGUUAAUGGCCUUGCUCUUGAACCUAGUUAAUGCCAAAAGAACAAUUGAGAUUGGAGUCUUCACAGGUUACUCUCUUCUCCUCACUGCUCUUACCAUUCCAGAAGAUGGAAAGAUUGUAGCUAUAGAUUUGAAUCGGGAGACAUAUGAAAUAGGAUUGCCUAUUAUUAAAAAAGCUGGUGUUGAACACAAAAUUGACUUCAUACAGUCUGAGGCUCUACCAGUUCUUGAUCGGCUGCUAGAAGAUCUGGGUAACGAAAGCAACUUCGACUUUGCUUAUGUUGAUGCCGAUAAGAUUAAUUACUGGAACUACCAUGAGAGGUUAAUGAAACUAGUGAAGGUUGGUGGCAUUGUCGUUUAUGACAACACCCUGUCGAAAGGGAGUGUUGCCAUGCCUGAAGAGAGCACUCCUGAGUCAUGGAGAGAGAACAGACGAAGAAUACUGGAUCUUAACAAAUUGCUUGCAGCAGAUCCUCGUGUCCAAAUUUCGCAUGCAGCAUUGGGUGAUGGGAUCACAAUCUGUAGGCGUUUGUGUUGAAGCUCAAAAACUAUUUUCAUUUGCAUUCCUGUGCCAUAUCAGACUCGGACUUUUGUUUUUCUUUGGGUAAAUAUAUUAUGGAAAAACUUUUCUUCUAGUUGAAACCUAUAUUUGUUGUUGUAGCUAGCAGUUGCGGGCACGAUUAAUGCCA